AUGGAGGAUCACAUGUUCAGUGUUCAGCAAAUCCAGCCCAACGUCAUCUCUGUCCGCCUCUUUAAGCGCAAAGUGGGAGGCCUGGGGUUCUUGGUGAAGGAGAGGGUCAGCAAGCCCCCCGUGAUCAUCUCCGACCUGAUCCGAGGAGGUGCCGCAGAGCAGAGCGGCCUCAUCCAGGCCGGAGACAUCAUCCUGGCAGUCAACGGCCGGCCCUUGGUGGACCUGAGCUACGACAGUGCCCUGGAGGUGCUCCGGAGCAUCGCCUCCGAGACCCACGUGGUCCUGAUUCUCAGGGGCCCCGAGGGCUUCACCACACACCUGGAGACCACCUUCACCGGGGACGGGACCCCCAAGACCAUCCGGGUGACGCAGCCCCUGGGUCCCCCCACCAAAGCCGUUGAUCUGUCCCAACAGCCAUCGACCGGCAAAGAGCAGCCACUGGCGGUGGACGGGGCUGCGGGGCCUGGGAACAGGCCCCAGCACGCCCAGGACAGUGGACAGAAAGCCGGCUUGCUCUCACACGCCAACGGCCUGGCCCCACGGCCCCCAGGCAAGGACGCUGCCAAGAAAAGUGCCCACAGCAGCUUGCUGGGCAGCGGGGAGAACAACGAACUGCUCCAGGAGAUAGAGCCAGUGCUGACUCUUCUCAGCAGUGGGGGCAGAGGGAUCAACAGAGGGGCACCUGUGAAGGUGGAGACAAGAGAUGCAGAAGUUCAGGUGAACAGAGAUGUGGAUGGCAAGUCACACAAGCCUCUGCCCCUCAGCGUGGAGAAUGACUGUGUCCUCGGCGACCUGUGGGGGAAGGGCAACAUGCCUGUCGUCCUCAACAACCCGUAUUCAGAGAAAGAGCAGCCCCCUGCCUCGGGAAAGCAGUCCCCCACCAAGAAUGGCAGCCCCUCCAAGUGCCCCCGAUUCCUCAAGGUCAAGAACUGGGAGACGGACGUGGUUCUCACUGACACCCUCCACCUUAAGAGCACGUUGGAAACGGGAUGCACCAGCCACAUCUGUAUGGGUUCCAUCAUGCUCCCUCCUCAACACAUACGAAGGCCUGAAGAUGUCCACACAAAAGAACAGCUCUUCCCUCUCGCCAAAGAGUUUAUCGAUCAGUACUACUCGUCAAUUAAAAGGUUUGGCUCCAAAGCCCACAUGGAUAGGCUGGAAGAGGUGAACAAAGAGAUCGGAAGCACCCACACGUACCAACUCAAGGACACGGAGCUCAUCUACGGGGCCAAGCACGCCUGGAGGAACGCUGCCCGCUGUGUGGGCAGGAUCCAGUGGUCCAAGCUGCAGGUGUUUGAUGCCCGAGACUGCACCACGGCUCACGGGAUGUUCAAUUACAUCUGCAACCACAUCAAGUAUGCCACCAACAAGGGGAACCUCAGGUCUGCCAUCACCAUAUUUCCCCAGAGGACAGACGGCAAACAUGACUUCAGAGUCUGGAACGCGCAGCUCAUCCGCUAUGCUGGCUACAAGCAGCCCGAUGGCUCCAUCCUGGGGGACCCAGGCAACGUGGAGUUCACAGAGAUUUGCAUACAGCAGGGCUGGAAGCCCCCGAGAGGCCGCUUCGACAUCCUGCCGCUGCUGCUGCAGGCCAACGGCCACGACCCAGAGCUCUUCCAGAUCCCGCCAGAGCUGGUGUUGGAGGUGCCCAUCAGGCACCCCAAGUUCGAGUGGUUCAAGAGCCUGGGCUUGAAGUGGUACGGCCUCCCCGCAGUGUCCAACAUGCUUCUGGAGAUUGGCGGCCUGGAGUUCAGCGCCUGCCCCUUUAGUGGCUGGUACAUGGGCACGGAGAUUGGCGUCCGCGACUACUGUGACAAUUCACGCUACAACAUCCUGGAGGAAGUGGCCAAGAAGAUGAACUUGGACAUGCGGAAGACGUCCUCCCUGUGGAAGGACCAGGCACUGGUGGAGAUCAACAUCGCAGUUCUCUACAGCUUCCAGAGCGACAAAGUGACCAUCGUGGACCACCACUCAGCCACCGAGUCCUUCAUCAAGCACAUGGAGAACGAGUACCGCUGCCGGGGAGGCUGCCCGGCCGACUGGGUGUGGAUUGUGCCCCCCAUGUCCGGCAGCAUCACCCCCGUCUUCCACCAGGAGAUGCUCAACUACCGGCUCACGCCCUCCUUCGAAUACCAGCCUGAUCCCUGGAACACCCACGUCUGGAAAGGCACAAACGGGACCCCUACAAAGCGGCGGGCCAUCGGCUUCAAGAAGCUGGCGGAAGCCGUCAAGUUCUCAGCCAAGCUGAUGGGGCAGGCAAUGGCCAAGAGGGUCAAAGCGACCAUCCUCUAUGCCACAGAGACGGGCAAAUCACAAGCCUAUGCCAAGACGUUGUGUGAGAUCUUCAAACAUGCUUUCGACGCCAAGGUGAUGUCCAUGGAAGAAUAUGACAUCGUGCACCUGGAACACGAAACGUUGGUUCUGGUGGUUACCAGCACGUUUGGCAAUGGGGACCCCCCUGAGAAUGGGGAGAAAUUUGGCUGUGCUUUGAUGGAAAUGAGACACCCUAACUCCAUGCAGGAAGAAAGAAAGUACCCGGAACCCUUGCGUUUCUUUCCCCGUAAAGGGCCUCCCUUCCCCAGAGAUGACCCAGAAGUCUGUGGUCUGGCUGCAGCCCGUGAUAGCCAUGACAGGAGCUACAAGGUCCGAUUCAACAGUGUCUCCUCCUACUCCGACUCCCGCAAAUCAUCGGGUGAUGGGCCCGACCUCAGAGACAACUUUGAGAGUGCCGGACCCCUGGCAAAUGUGAGGUUCUCAGUGUUCGGCCUUGGCUCACGGGCAUACCCUCACUUCUGUGCCUUCGGACAUGCCGUGGACACCCUCCUGGAAGAGCUGGGCGGGGAGAGGAUCCUGAAGAUGAGGGAGGGGGAUGAGCUCUGUGGGCAGGAAGAGGCUUUCAGGACCUGGGCCAAGAAGGUCUUCAAGGCAGCCUGUGAUGUGUUCUGUGUGGGAGACGAUGUCAACAUUGAGAAGGCAAACAACUCCCUCAUCAGCAAUGACCGCAGCUGGAAGAGGAACAAGUUCCGCCUCACCUACGUAGCCGAAGCGCCUGAACUUACACAAGGUCUAUCCAAUGUCCACAAAAAGAGGGUCUCAGCUGCUCGACUUCUCAGCCGUCAAAACCUUCAGAGUCCUAAAUCCAGCCGAUCCACCAUCUUCGUGCGACUCCACACCAAUGGGAAUCAGGAGCUGCAGUACCAGCCUGGGGACCACCUGGGCGUCUUCCCCGGCAACCACGAGGAUCUAGUGAAUGCCCUGAUGGAGAGGCUGGAAGACGCACCCCCUGCCAACCAGCUAGUGAAGGUGGAGCUGCUGGAGGAGCGGAACACGGCUUUGGGAGUCAUCAGUAACUGGACAGACGAGCACCGCCUCCCGCCCUGCACCAUCUUCCAAGCCUUCAAGUACUACCUGGACAUCACCACGCCGCCCACGCCCCUGCAGCUGCAGCAGUUUGCCUCCCUGGCUACCAGCGAGACAGAGAAGCAGCGGCUGCUGGUCCUCAGCAAGGGCUUGCAGGAGUAUGAGGAGUGGAAAUGGGGCAAGAACCCGACCAUCGUGGAGGUGCUGGAGGAGUUCCCGUCCGUCCAGAUGCCCACGACCCUGCUUCUGACCCAGCUGUCCCUGCUGCAGCCUCGCUACUACUCCAUCAGCUCCUCCCCGGACAUGUACCCCGACGAGGUGCACCUCACCGUGGCCGUCGUUUCCUACCGCACCCGAGAUGGAGAAGGACCACUUCACCAUGGCGUGUGCUCCUCCUGGCUCAACCAAAUACAGGCUGACGAGGUGGUCCCCUGCUUUGUGAGAGGGGCACCCAGCUUCCACCUGCCCCGAAACCCCCAAGUGCCCUGCAUCCUGGUCGGCCCGGGCACCGGCAUCGCCCCUUUCCGAAGCUUCUGGCAGCAGCGGCAGUUUGAUAUCCAGCACAAAGGGAUGAGUCCCUGCCCCAUGGUCCUGGUCUUCGGGUGCCGGCAAUCCAAGAUAGACCACAUCUACCGGGAGGAGACCCUGCAGGCCAAGAACAAGGGGGUCUUCAGAGAACUGUACACAGCCUACUCCCGGGAGCCAGAGAAGCCAAAGAAAUAUGUGCAGGACAUCCUGCAGGAGCAGCUGGCUGAACCUGUGUACCGAGCCCUGAAGGAGCAAGGGGGCCACAUUUAUGUCUGCGGGGACGUCACCAUGGCCGCCGAUGUCCUCAAAGCCAUCCAGCGCAUCAUGACCCAGCAGGGGAAGCUGUCGGUGGAGGACGCUGGCGUGUUCAUCAGCAGGCUGAGGGAUGACAACCGGUACCAUGAGGAUAUAUUUGGGGUCACCUUGCGGACGUACGAAGUGACCAAUCGCCUUAGAUCUGAGUCCAUUGCCUUCAUUGAAGAGAGCAAAAAAGAUACAGACGAGGUUUUCAGCUCCUAACUGUACCGUUGUGCCCUGAUGGAUCUGGAGGUGGGCGCCCCGUGCCCUCCCUGGCGGGGACGGCUGGGCUGCAGCUUUUGUAAGUGCGGACACUGCUGAACCUUUUCUACGGGCCUCCACGUGACCCCGCUGUCGCCACGUCUGGUCUCCCUCUUCUGGGUUCCCACCCUCUGUGGUCUCCUCGGCCCUCUUCGGUUCUCUCCUUGAGUUUUCCUGCUGCACUGAAAUGGCUUUGUAAUCCGUGUGGCUUUUACGAGACUCUGGUCCCCCUCUCUCGUCCCUGCAAGAGCAGAUCGCGAGUGCAUGAAAACCCUGGGACGCGGCCCUCGCUCUGGUUAGGGCUUGUUUUCCCGCCGUUCCCCAGGAAAUGCCCCAGGGACUGGACAGAACCUGCCGGGUCAGCUCCUCUGCAGCUGAAGUCUCCCCUUAUCCGUUUUCAUGGUGAUGUUUCGGUCGAGCUGUGCGUGUGCCGGGCCCGGGACUCUGUCUGUCCUCUUGUCUGUGCAAGCCAGUUGCCUACAGACUAUAGGUGCCAAGAAACAUGCCCCCGGCCCGUACUAAUUCCUCGUGCAUCUGUAAUUAAGGGUCUGUGCAGCACUUGGAAGGACCCUAAUUGGUCUUGGUUGUAAAGGGCUGGGGACAGGGAUAUGAUGAUGAAGGGGAAAAUCUCCCCGUGAAAGGGGGAAUCACAAAACUAAAUGCAUUUAGAUUCCAACACCAGUUAGGGGAGCCCAUUCAUUCGGCCACGUCCCUUAACCCCCUCCCCAGGCAAAUCCAUCCGGAAGCAAUGUUGUCCAAGGGAAUUGUGGAAAUAAGGCUCUUCCUGUCUUUGCCACUGAGCCACAGUGUGACUUCGGCUAAGUCACUCUUCCUCAUAUAGCCACGAAGCUACAGAGCAUGAGUGGAUUGAACUUUACGAUUUAGGAGACUGGCAACACUGUCAGUGGAGAACCUCAUGGUUAUUUUUUUAUUCCCCAAAACGAGGUUUGCUGCUUCGCCCUUAGGGAUAAAAUACUGGGUGCCGGUUAGAGCAGAACUCAUUGGAGAAGAACUCUGUUAUGGAGUGUCCUGUUGCUUCCUCUAUAGGAACAACAGUGCAGGAUGGAGGGACCUGGCCCUUGGUCUUUUGGCCUUUUAGAAAUGAUCCCUCAAUUUUUAAUAUCAUAAAAGUAUUUUGACCAGUAGAUUAUCCCGGACUCAGAUAAAAAGUGGACAGCAAGCUCUUCAGCGGGAAUUGGGGCCGAUGCAAUUUCCUCCUGGGAGGCAACCUGCUGAGCUUGCCCUCUCGGAGUAAAGGGGCGGGCAAUGAGUCCCUUUUCACACUUAAGUGCUAAAAUUUGGUGUCAGGCAGCACCCGGAGAGAGCCAAGAAAUUCCAGUGACACCUUCCAGCCUCGCGGGAUUACCCCAGGGAUGGAAGGAAACGUAAGGCUUGUUCUGUCCUUCUGUUUUGUUUUGUUUUGUCAUCCAGAAAAACUGCAUUUCCUUUACGUACUGUGCACUGGGCAUUUCUUUCUUGAUGCUCAGUUUGGGAGUCUCCAGAGAAAACAAGCUCUGGUCCUCUUUAAAAAGGGCCUUGCAAUGGGGUAUGGCGAGUGCAAAAGAGCUAACACAGGAGAGUCUUAACAGCUAAAGGGAAAACAAUGUAUUGUCCUUCUUCAUCCUUCCCAGCACAAGGAAUUCAAAUACAAGUAGCUUCUCUCCCAGGGGCUCUCUUUCCAUCCAUUUGAGCUCCACCAAAGAGGAAUUUAUCAGUGCUCCCCUCUCCAAAUCAAGCCUUAUACAUGAAGCCUUUUCCAUCAAGAAAUAAAUGCUUAUGAGCCCUUAGAUGUGCCAGGUACCAUCUUUACACACAUCAUCUCGUUUUAUCAGGGAAUCCAGAGAAACGAUUGCAUAACUAAAAUUCCUCUUUCUUCCCAAGAAAGAUUUUUAUUUUUCAGUAAACACCUUUCAAUUCCCAACACAACCUGCUUCAUCACCCCUGGCUGGAAGACAGGACACUGGUCUUCUGUGUUUGUCUCACUUGCUAGAGUUCUUGAUAUCAAAAAGCCCCCCUGUAACGAGUCAAGAGUCCCAGUGGUGCCCUGAUUCAGGUUUCUAGGAGACUCUGAUUCAGGGUAGGUAGAUGCUGCCCUCUUGUGGUGGUUUUUCGUUCGGCCCCCAGUAGCCAACAAUAUGUGUGCAAACUGGUUUAGCAAUAGGUGUGCAAAUUGGUUUAGCAAAUUAUGGUUUAGGUGAUGAAAGACAUGGUUUACUGGGCAUUUUCGGAUUGCCAUAGUAACAGGCCAUUUCUUUCUCUCUCUGUCUUGAUUUGAUCUGUAUGGCUCCAACCCCAUUUCAUGAGAAUGACCUUGAAAUACAGUUCGGCCAUCACUGUGAAUCCAGUGCCUGGAUCUUGUGAUUGAGGAAGAAUAGAUAGAUGUUAAACUCCUUGGGAAGAGAGAGAGCUUCUUAGUUUCCUUGGAAUGGAGUGUCUGUCUUUGUUGGGGAAUGCUUCAGAGCCACCAAAGUGGGGUUUGGAAGCAGAUCUGAGUCCACAUACCAACUGUGCCCCUCUUUGUGCACAUCAGGGUGGAUUAAAGGAGAUAAUGCCCAUAAAAUGCCCAUGUACAGUUCCUGGCCCAUAGUAAGCUAUUGGGGCCUUUUUUUAUUUUUUAUUUUUUCAUUUAAUUUACAACAUUUAUUCUUCUCCCAUAAGUGGAAGACAUCGUGGAGUAGACAGAAAUAAGCAAAACCUGGUUCUGCUCUUAUAAAAGGUUAAAGUCGAGUAGGCAGGGGUUCGAGUAAUGGGUGGGAUUCCACCAGCAGAUUUUGAGAGGCAAGAGUUUGCCAGGCUGUGGGAAGAGUGAGAGGACAGGCACGGACGGGGAGCAGUGGGGUAAUUCGGGGACUGCUUCAGCUGUAGCCCAGCCUGGGUGGGGGUGGUGAGAGCAAAGACUGGGAAGGUGGACAGGUGUCAGGUGAGUGGCAUGUCAGGGAAAUUAGACUUCAUUUGGCAGGCAACAGGGAGUCCUUGGGAGCGGCUUUCAAGGGGAAAUUAAGGCCCUUGGAGUUAUGCCUGGGAAAGAAUGUUCUGGUGGUAGCAAAGGACCUCAUGGCUAGCUGGUUGAGCCAGUAGUGAGUUAUUGCAGUACUCAAGGAUUGAAUGAAGGUAGAAGCAGAUGAAAGAAUGAAGAUAUUCCAGAGAUUGAGUCAACAGGACCCGGCAACCCAUCUGCUACUUAGGAUGGGGACAAAAGUGAAAUGAGUCUUCCACUCACUGAGGAAGGGCACACAUGAGGACAAACAGGUUCAGGGGAAAGAUGAGUUUGAGGUACUGAUAUGACAGCCAGCUUCUCCCUGAGUUGAUUGUGUGAAUCCUUCCAAGCUCCAGCCAUGCCUGGGGACAUAGGAAGAAAAUGGAUCCCUGUCAAUAGGUAUUGAUCUAAGAACCACAGGAUUUUCUUGCCAGACACAGCUCUUGGCAGCCUCCUGCUUCUGGCUUCCAAAGGGGUCAGGUUUUGCCCUGAGCCCAAAACAAGUGAGAGCUUCUCUGACCCAGAUCGUGGGGCCAGUGGUUCCUGCCAGGAUGGGUAAGCCGUGUCAGGACCCCUCACCCCUCCAGCACCAGGCCCCCAGUUACGGCCUUUUAAUGUGGCAUUAGGAAAAUGCUGGACUUCUGGAGGUUGUUUUAGUCUGGCCGUGAGUACUUGUCUAUUUCUCUGUCUACUGGCCUGGAUCUCCAGCAUGGCAGUUGCCCCACCUUACCAUCAAAGCCUUCUCUGUGAAUUGGCAAGUUGGUCUGAGGAUGCAAGGAGGAAGAAAUUCUACUCUAGGCUUCCUACAUAACCUUUCCAUACCCUGUUGUCCCCCAACUCUUGGAAAGCCUCCAGCAUCCAAAUAUCCCACGUGGCUCAAGAUUUAAAGGCUGGGGGCUCGGAUGGAGGACACAUGGUUCAGAGAAGCUGAGGGAGGGGCCCCUGCCUCCCAGCAGAUGAGCACAGCUGGUCCCCACGGACAUGGAUUUGGUCUCUGGGAGCUGACACCAGCCUGGCCUCUUCCUCUUUCUCUCACACCCACCCCACUCUUGGGUUCACAGCUAGUCCCUGCCUGGUAACAAAAGGGCCCAAGAGGAAAAGCCACCUUUCCCCAAAGGAUGUGUCUCAGACUUGGAAGUCCAGGUACACUUUUUUCUCCCCUGGAAAACAGAGUCUGUUUGGGGCCUGUUUUCUAUGAAUUCUUGUCAAAGCCACACGCCAGGGAGGUGACCAGAAGUGAAUACACCUUUGGACUUUUAUGAAUUUGUUUUGACCCAGAAUGUCUGAACAGUACUGAACAAGCAGGACAUGUUUGCCUGGUCCAGAAGAGAGCCCGUUAUUAACGAUGAGGCCCCGGCUGGCAGGAACAAAUCUGUCCUAAGAGGCCGCUUCCCCGAGUCCUGUAGACAGUGGCUCCCUGAUAUCAAAGUGCCCAGACCUUGGGCUCCUAAGCUUUAGGAGACUUUGUCAUUGGGGGAGCCACGCUGGUCACUGUAGGAUGUUGGCCCACGACAUGCCAACAGCACCAUCUGGCAGCUGUGACAACCAAAUAUGUCUUCAGACAUUGUGCAAUGUCCCCUGGGGCGCUAAAUCACUCCUGGUUUUGAACCACUGCUCUCGGCCUUCAGGGGGUACAAAAUCUCAAUGGGCAACCCCAGGCUUUCUCAUCAGAAAGGAAUCAGUAAGCAGAGCAUCCCUCAACCCAAUGGUUUCUUUCCCAUCGCCAGCUGCCAAACUGAAAUUCUGAGGAUUUCUAGAGAAAAAAAAAAAUGUGGUUUCACAAAUUCUCCCUCCCAAGCCAAAAGGAUGGACCAGUUCCGUUCCCAUAGGAUUCUAUGAUCUCGGUGUUAAUUCCAGCCAAGUCCCACACCCCUCUGCUCUGCCUUCACCAUUUGGUUGUCAUGUUGUUGUUGUGAUAUGGACCCUCUCCGGGCUCAGCAGUGGUUUUCCAGAAGGCCGAGAGCGGGCAGUCCCACCGCAUCGUAGAACCCACAGGUUUCCAUUCCAGGGCUGGGGAGGCUGGGGAGGUGGGCAGGGCCGGUGUUAUAUCUUGCCCCGCUCUCCACCAUGCUGUCGGAAACUCGGACUUUCCCCCUACCUCUGAGCUCUCAAUGCUGCUAAAUCUCUGCCAAGCGUCCCGUGUGCUCCAGCACCUUCCUCGAAGGACAGACUCCCACCCCCGCCGUUCGCGCGGUUGCCCAGGCUGUGCUCGCCGCAUGCUCUUCUGUAUAGUUCUCAUCUUCUAAUUUUAUGGAAAUCAACAAAAGUCUACUUAUGCCUGUUUGCAUUAUGGUUACCAUAUUAAAAGUGGAU